AUGAGAUUCUUUUCCACUGCUACGUUAUUGUGGGUGAUGGUGAAGCCUUCGUUGGUUCAGAGUCAAGUCACCUUGACUGACAUUGCGGCACACAACACUGUAACUGAUUGCUGGACUGCCGUGUACGGUGAGGUUUACGACGUAACAGCCUAUGCACCCAACCAUCCGGUUGGUGCCACUAUCCUCGUAAAUGGCAUGUGUGGGAAGGAUGGAACUCCUGCUUUUGAUCCUGUCCAUGGAGACACACCAGGGUACAUGCAAAUCUUCCCUGGUAUCACUUACCUAGGAACGCUCCUUGCUGCAACCCCAGCACCCGUUCCAGUUCCGGUCACCCCAGCACCCAUUCCAGCCACCCCAGCACCCAUUCCAGUUCCUGCCACCCCAGCUCCCGUUCCAGUUCCUACCACCCCAGCUCCCGUUCCAGUGCCUGCUACCCCAGCGCCUGUCCCAGUUCCUGCCACCCCAGCUCCCGUUCCAGUGCCUGCGACCCCAGCGCCUGUCCCAGUUCCUGCCACCCCAGCUCCCGUUCCAGUGCCUGCUACCCCAGUGCCUGUCCCAGUUCCUGUCACCAAACCCCCUACGAGGCCCGCCAUUGCUGCUGCUACUGUUACAGCUACCGUAACCAGGCCCACUAUGACGUCUAUUUCUACCUCCGAGUCGUCUGAUGACAGGAAGCAGCUUCGCGGAUAG